UUUUUGGACACUACAAUCUCAUGAGGAGAUAGGAUUGAAGAUCAGAGCUCCUCAGACACAGUGGGGGAGAAAUAAGACAAGACAGCAGCCACAGUUUGCCCUGUCUCUAACCCAGACAGCCAGACUUCAAUCACUCAGGUAGACAGGCUCUCAGACAGCCAAAGAGUUCCAAUUGAAGCUGUGAACUUCGUGCACCAUGCUACCAUUUGUGCUGCUCACUCUCCUGCUGCUGACUGUCAGCCGAUGCCACCCUAUCCCUGGAGGGGACACAAUGCAGACGGGUGGAACAUGCUGGCUCCUACAAGGUUCAAGUUCACAAUGCAGCUUGAUGCUGCUAACAGCAGUAACAUGGGAUGAAUGCUGUGGAGAUGGACACUUAGACACCGCCUGGUCCAACUAUACUGACCCCAUGACCAAAAUUGGUCUGCUGGGCUUCCUAGGACUGGUCAACUGUAAGCCCUGCAGAGAGAGCUGUGAUGGGGUCCAGUGUCCCCCUGGUAAGACAUGCACUCUAAAGGAUGGGCGUCCUCAGUGUGAAUGUGCUCCUGACUGUUCAGGACUCAACAGUGAUAUUCUUGUUUGUGGCUCUGAUGGGAACACUUACCAGGAUGAAUGCGAACUUGUCACCCACAAAUGUCGUGGACAGCCAGACCUGGAGGUCAUGUACUAUGGAAAAUGCAAAAAGUCCUGUUCCAAUGUGGUUUGCCCAGGGACACAUUCUUGUGUUGUGGACCAGACAGGAAGUGCCCAUUGCGUCAUGUGCCGUACAUCCCCUUGCCCAAUGCUUGCGUCUGACUACAUGCUGUGUGGGAACAACAAUGUCACCUACCCCUCCGCCUGUCAUCUUCGAAGAGCUACAUGUUUCUUAGGACGUUCUAUAGGAGUUCGUCACUCGGGCAACUGUGCAGAGCACUCAAAGUUUUCCAUGGAUCUCGAUGACACAGUGAAGAACUAUGUGUGAAGUCAUCAUGAUUUAAUAGCCAUGACAGAAUGAGCACACGGGCAUUCCAUGUGUAUAUUGUACAUAGCGUGAGGCAUAUUUAUUAACUGGAAGUGUUAUUUAUAUGUAUCAGACAGACUCCACUACCCAAGCACACUCCUAACUGAGUUUAAGAGCUAAGCUCUUGCAUACUAUAAGGUGGUAAAAUAGCUUGUAGGAAAUGCUACUUUUUAUUCAUUUGUUGCCACUAUGGAUGAAGCCCACAUUUA